UACUGUCAGUUUUUUGCUGAGCUACUGCAGCCUUCAACUUCGUGUCAGUGAUCCUGAAAAUGAUGAUUUCAGUUUGAGACUCAUCAGAUAAAAACUCAAAAUACAAAUAUUUGUUUGUUUGUCCAGAUGGAACGCUGUAAAUGAGCAAUCGGUUUAAGACGGCGGGACCAUGGCUGCCCAUCGGAUCGUCAGAGUGACCCACAAUAACCACCUCAUCCCUCGCUGUAGGUCCGAGGGAGCGCUUAUCAACAUCAGCAAAGGGCUCACCGGCGCCUGUCUCAGUGAUGUCAAAGUGCCUUCUCCCAGUGCCCUAAGGCUCGACACCUCAGCCUCCUAUGAAGCCGCACAUGAAGUGGUGGCCAUAAAGGAUUAUUGCCCCAACAGCUUCACCACUCUCAAAUUCUCCAAAGGCGAUCGCCUCUAUGUGCUGGACACGUCAGGAGGGGAAUGGUGGUACGCCCACAACAACAGGGAAAUGGGCUACAUCCCAUCUGCCUACGUCCAGCCCGUCCACUUCAGGAACUCCUCAUUUAGCGACAGUGGGAUGAUUGACAGCAUAGGGGAGGGGAACGAGGAGGGUUUGGGAGAGUUUGGAGAUCUGGGGGAGUGGACAGGGAUGUCCUUUAGACGCUCUCCUGGUUACAACAGCAGUCCACUCCCUGGGAACCCGUUUAUAUGUAUGUUAGAUCAGAACCACAAAGAUAAAGAUGAAAGGAAUUCCACGGAUCUUUUCCUCUUUGAUAAACUGGUAUCACCGUCAUCUGACUCCAUUUUUAACACAAGUACAGUUAUGAUGAACGGAUUCAACACAACCCCAACCAGCCCCAGCCCAGACACUUUUCACCGGGAUAACUCAUUUUUCCGGACUAAACGCUCCCACAGUCUCUCAGAACUGUCCGUCCUACAGGCACAGUCAUAUCCAACGUUCCCCGCCUCUGGGUUCCUUACGGGCAUUAAGGCUCCUUUACCAGAACAGUUCCAGAGCAGGGAGGAGUUCAGGACUGUGUGGUUAAACCACCGAAAACUCGCCAGGUCUUGUCAUGACCUCAACUGCUUGGGUCAGAGCCCUGGGUGGGGCCAGACACAACCUGUGGAAACCAACAUUGUGUGCAGAUUGGACAGUAACGGAGGUGUUAUUCAGCUCCCGGACACCCAAAUUAGUGUCCAUGUUCCUCAAGGUCACAUCAGUCACGGAGACAGCCAGCAGAUCUCCUUGAAAGCCUUGUUAGAUCCUCCACUAGAGCUCAGCACUGACAGUUGCUCCACCAUCAGCCCAGUGGUGGAGAUCAGACUGAGCAACAUGGAGACCAAGUCCUUCAUCACUCUUGAGAUGAAGGUAUCCAUAACCGUGAAGAAGGAGGGAAGUCAGGCUGCCGAGGUACUUUGUGUUCGAAGUGAUAGCAAAGAAGGCCCCUACGCGCCAAUCCCUAAUGCCUAUAUGUACAGAGACACAGUCCAGGUGCAGUUGGACAGCCUGGAGCCCUGCAUGUAUGUGGUAGUUGUUGUUCAGUCACAGUACAUCAGCUGUAAUACCACUGUGUGGGACCACGUGCUGAGGAAAGUAACUCUGGGCCUUUAUGGGCCUAAACACAUCCACCCUUCAUUCAAGACGGUUAUCGCCGUGUUUGGUCACGACUGUGUCCCCAAGAACUUGUUGGUUACUGUGGCUGCCCAGCAGGAUAAUUCUGCGCCACCAGUUGCCCUCCAGCUGUGGGGGAAGCACCAGUUUAUGUUGGGGUACCCUCAAGAUCUUCAAGUGUGUUUGUACUCCAACAUGUCCAACUACAUGGUGAAGGCAAGCGAAGGCUCCACGUUGAUUCGAGGAUUUCAGGUCAAGCUGGGGAAGGUCAGCAGACUUCUGUUCAAUAUAACCUCACACAACCCCAACAGCAUAUCGGGAUUUACGCUCCGGGUCCAAGUUAAAGAUGCACUGGACUGUAUCCUCACCCAGUUCUGUGUCCAAACUCCACAACCUCCUCCAAAAUCUGGUGCAAGGAUUCCAGGCCAGAGGAGGUUUUUGAAGAAGAAUGAGGUGGAUAAGAUUGUGCUCUCUCCGCUGGCUGUUACUUCCAAGUACCCCAAAUUUCAGGACCGUUGUAUCACCAACCUGAAAUUUGGCAAACUGAUCAAAACAGUCAUCAGGCAGCACAAGACCGCCUACCUGCUGGAAUACAAGAAGGGCGACUUCAUUGCUUUGCUGAGCGAGGAGAAAAUCAAACUGCGAGGCCAGCUGCGGACCAAAGAAUGGUACAUCGGCUACUAUCAGGGGAAGAUGGGACUUGUUCACGCCAAGAACGUUUUGUUUCUGGGGAAGGUUAAGCCCAUCUACUGGUGCGGCCCAGACCUGACCACAACACUGCUGCUAGAUCAGAUCCUGAAGCCUUGCAAGUUUCUCACAUACAUUUACGCUUCGGUCAGGACGGUUUUAAUGGAGAAUGUGAGCAACUGGAGGACGUUUGCUGACGCUUUAGGCUACAAUAAUUUACCGCUGCAUUAUUUCUGCCGGGCAGAAGUGGACAGUGAGUCCGAGAAGGUGGCGUCAGUUUUGGAGAAACUCAAAGAAGAGUGUACAAACAUGGAGAAAAAGGAGAGGAAGUCCUUUCAGAGGGAACUCAUGAUGGCGUUGCUGAAGAUGGACUGCCAGGGUCUAGUGGUGAGAUUGGUUCUGGAUUUCGUCUUGUUGACCACGGCGGUGGAGGUGGCGGUGAGGUGGAAGGAACUGGCUGAGAAGCUAGCCCGCGUGUCUAAACAGCAGAUGGAGGCGUACGAGGCGCCACACCGCGAUAAGAACGGACUACUGGACCGAGAGUCCAUGUGGAAGCCCGCCUACGACUUCCUGCUGACGUGGGCCGCCCACAUCGGGGACAGUUACCGCGAUGUGAUCCAGGAGCUCCACAUCGGCCUGGACAAGAUGAGGAACCCCAUCACCAAGCGCUGGAGACACCUGACCGGCACCCUCAUCCUCGUGAACUGCCUCGAUACGCUCCGCAGCGCCGCGUUCUGCCCCACUGGCUACGGCGACUUCGCCAUCUGAACGCGUUGUCCUGCUGGAAAUAUAUUUUGGAGAGCACAAGGGUUAUCGUCCUCUUGUGGUCGUCAAACAGUGUUGGGCACUUGUCCUGUUUUAAGUGACUUUUUUAAAAUGUCAGGUUUGCGAUGUUUUGACCUUCUGUUAGACUUUGGCGCUGGAACCAUUGGCGGGUUCAUAACUGAUGG